GCCCGCCCUAGAGCGUGUCCCGAGCAUGCGCAGCCGCUCUUCCUGCAGGCCGUACGUAGGGUGUGCGUCAAGAUGGCUGCCCCCUUGCGGCACACGCUUCUAAAGCUGGUUCCUACACUCUUACGAAGUUCCUAUGUAGCUCAGGUUCCCCUCCAGACUCUUUGCACCAGAGGCCCUCCUGAAGAAGAUGCUCCAUCCUCACUUCCCGUUUCCCCGUAUGAGAAUGAGCCUUGGAAAUACCUGGAUUCAGAAGAAUACCAGAACCGCUAUGGCUCUCGCCCUGUUUGGGCUGACUACCGCCGCAACCACAAAGGUGGUGUGCCACCACAGCGGACCCGAAAGACAUGUAUUCGUAACAAUAAAGUUGCUGGGAAUCCUUGCCCAAUCUGCCGGGAUCACAAGUUGCAUGUUGACUUUAGGAAUGUGAAGCUCUUGGAACAGUUUGUUUGUGCACACACCGGUAUCAUCUUUCACGCCCCAUACACAGGGGUCUGUAUGAAGCAGCACAAGAAGCUGACCCAGGCCAUCCAGAAAGCCAGGGAGUGUGGUCUUCUCAGUUACUACGUCCCCCAGGUUGAGCCCCGGGAUGCUGACUUUGGUACUGUGCAUGGAGCUGUCAGUGUGACUCCACCAGCCCCCACACUGUUGUCAGGUGAACCUUGGUACCCAUGGUACAGCUGGCAACAGCCACCGGAGAGAGAGCUGUCUCGCCUUCGCCGACUCUAUCAAGGAAAUCUCCUAGAAGAAAGUGGCCCNCCACCUGAGUCGAUGCCUGAGAUGCCCACUACACCACCAGCAGAAGCCUCCAUUGAGCAGACCGGCUCCCAGAGUGCUUAGAACUUGUGACCUGGGGAAGUCAGACCAAGGGANUGCUGUCUAGGGCUNCGUGGUAUCCUGUGUCCUGCAAANGGUUCUNUUUUGUGACAGUGGCAGACCCUAUAGGGAACUGGCUGGCAUGAAGAGAACAAGCACAUUUGACGUUGAGGGGGACUAGAUGUUUAUGGGUAACUCUGGCGAGGACUUACAUAUAAACUGGAGACUCUUGUGUGUGCCCUUGAUAGUGUGUCCCUGAUUUAAACCUGGUUCAGCUUUUAUACAAUAAAGCUGUGUCUCUUCACCCGU